UAUGAUUGGCCGCUGUAUGCUGCGCUUCAGCCUCCUUGAAUGAGAAAUAGGGGUAACCAGGCAACUUCAGGGCUGUAGAGAAGGAGAUUUGGAAAAAAAAGAAGGAGAAGAAGAGGAAGAAUCAAAAGAAGAGGAGAGCUUUAUGGGAUAUUAGAAUCAUGGAUGAAUUUUGAACGCAUAGAAAAAGCAAAGACAAUGUGAUUUCACCUUGUCCGUCCGGCAAAUGGAAUUAACAAAUGGAUUUUCUUAGACACGCUUUCUCCCUCUCUGUCUCUCUCUCCCCUCCCUCCCUCCCUCCAUCUCUCCCUCUCUCUCACUCCCUCUCUCUCUCAUUGGGGGGAAAAUAGAGCGCACAAAUGAAGGGGACACAGAUGUUGGAUUAAAACGCAUAAAUGGGACGCACCAGAAAAGCAUCCUCAGAGAAAAAAGUGCUCAGAGCAACUUACUGUGAUGGACUGUCAAGCUGCAUCUGAAGUACUCCAACAAAGAAUAAUAUCCACCCCUGACCUACUCUGAGGAGCAAUAUUUGUUACAAGUCUCCCCCGGGGGGAGUUAUUCUGGAGCAAUAGGUGAACCCCGGGAAAAGAGCAACAGUGGACCAUGUGAUACUUGACCUUCACAGAAAGAACUCAGGUACACGCCAGGGGAUGCCGAAUCUGACCUGAAGCUGCUUUUUGAAAGGAUUGCCCAAUUCAUAUUUCAAUCAGUUUUUCAUGUUUUGUCAAGUAGUACUCAAACGCCAUGGACCAGCAGUGACAGAACAUAGUUAUCGAUGCUGGAUGUUCACUUAUCGAGGAGUACCAGACACCUCACCAUGGAGCUAAGGGAAAUUUUCUUCAUCAAAGAGCAACUGUGAGAAACACCGGAGUGUGUGUGCGCGAGUGUGUGUGUGUGCGGGCGGCGGACUGGCCAGUGGGAGCUGGAAGGAUUUGCGAGGAGAGCUGCUUGCCCAUGCUGGAUCUGCUGUGAGCAGGACAAGGGACCCAGCAGUGGAGGAUGUCAGCAGAGGCCGAGCUCCAGGCGGGGGUCAAAACCAGCCAGCGAAAGGAGUCCAGGCGGAUCAAAGGUCAGGACCGCACCGAGGCGGGGCUCAUCAAGCGUUUCCGUGGAGAUGGCAUGCGCUACAAGGCCAAGCUGAUCGGGAUUGAUGAAGUGACAGCGGCGCGCGGGGACAAGCUGUGCCAGGACUCCAUGAUGAAGCUGAAGGGAAUGGCUUCUUCAGCACGUUCCAAGGGAGAGCACAAGCAGAGAGUCUUCGUGACGGUCUCUUUUGGAGGGAUCAAGAUUUACUGUGAAAGAUCAGGGGUUCUUCUGCAUCACCACUCAGUCCAUGAGAUCAGCUACAUCGCCAAGGACACCAGAGACCACCGGGCCUUCGGCUACGUCUGCGGGAAGGAGGGCCACCACCGGUUUGUGGCUAUCAAGACCGCACAGUCUGCGGAGCCUCUCAUCCUUGACCUACGUGACCUUUUCACACUCAUCUAUGACAUUAAGCAGCGGGAGGAGAUGGAGAAAAAGGCCCAGAAGGACAAGCAUUGUGAGCAGGCGGUCUACCAGACCAUCCUGGAGGACGAAGUGGACGACCCCGUUUACCAGUAUAUAGUGUUUGAGGCUGGACACGAACCGCUCCGUGGCCCCCAGUCAGAGGAGAGCGUUUAUCAGGUCCCAACCAGUCAGCAGAAGGAAGGGAUCUAUGAUGUUCCAAAACGCCAUUUCAUGACUAACAUAAACCACUUUGAUCUUUUUGGCGACAUGUCCACUCCUCCCUCGAUGCCCCCAUCACCUGCCAACACUCUGGAUCCGAACAGGAGCAGCCGCCAGCAGCAGCAGCACAACCCCGCUGAGCUGUACGCCCCCUUCAGCCCCACCUCCGUGCCGUCAGGUUACAUGACGAUGGGCCCGGUGCAGGCGGCCCAGUGGGCCCAGCAGCCGUUCCCCGGCCAGGCCGGGACCCUGGCCUUCCCGGUGCAGGGGCCCCUCCAGGUGGCCCAGGUCCUCCCCGGGGGCCAGCCGCUCAUCUGGGGGCAGGCCAACAUCUUCCCCGCCACCCAGCAGCAGUGGGCCGCCAUGGCGGCCUACAUGCCGGCCGGGACGGUGGGCGUGGGGGGCCACAUGCUCCAGGGCCUGGUCCCCAUCACCACCAUGUGUCCCGGGUCCUGCGAGCUGUCGGCCCCCUCCUCGGCCAUCACCAGCCCCCAGCACACGGCCGACCCCGCCCUGCUGCAGAGGCAGCUGAGCCUGGGGAGGGAAGGACUCGGGGUGGACUCGGACGCGGGCGAGGGCCCUUCGGGGUCGGGAGCCGGCGGAGCCGGCGGAGCCGCAGGUGCGGCGUCGGCGGCGGGGAGCAGGUGUGGAACCCCGGGCCUCGUGAGCGUACCGGACACGCUGGCCUGCAGUCAGCUGCUGCCGCCUCCCUGCGCCGUGGCCCAGGAGGAAGAAGGUAGCUGUAGUGAUCUGGAUCUCUCCCGGAUGACCCUGAGUCCGGGCACCUCCACGUCACCGUCCACCGACUCUCCAUCCACUCCAGCCCCUCAGCAGAGCUCAUCUUCAGACUCCCCCCCCUCCCAGGCCAACGACCCCCCCGCCGACCUCUCCCCUGCUGAUCCAGAGGGGAACCCCGACAACGCCAAGGAGGACCAAUCAGUGAGUGCCGGUCCCCGUCUGGGACUCACGUACCAGCAGCCUCGCGGGGCGGAUGCUAUCAUGUUUCCUGCGAUGGUGCAGGCGAGGGAGCUCAGCUCUCACAGCCGUCUACUCUGGAUUACUCUGAGUUUGGUGCUGCUCAGUGUAGCGACCCGGACGGCAGCGAGCCAUGAGCGCCCCGGCGUCCGCGAGGCCCGAGCAGCGGGAAACCAGCUGCUAGUUCAACCGGUGGACUGUGUUUUAUCAGAGUGGAGCGCAUGGUCCCGCUGUGACACCUGCCAAAAGAAGAGGUUUCGUUAUGCUACGCUGGAACGGCCGUCUCAUUUCGGGGGGGAACCGUGUCGUUUCCAAGGCAGAGAGGAGGAGGCCUGCGAGGUUCCGGCCCGCUACACUUGUGACAGCGUUCCUCUGUGCGAGGGCUUCCUGUGUGCACAAACAGGUCGCUGUGUGCACAGAACCCUGCAGUGCAACGGGGAGGACGACUGCGGAGACAUGUCGGACGAAGCCGGCUGCAGGAAGGUGGCCAAGCCCUGCAGGCAGGAGGCUGAGGAGUACUGGGGGAUCGAAAACCUGGCCAAAGGGAUCAACAUCAUGAGUGGCGACCUGGAAGGAGUGGUGCUGGAUAACAGAUACUACGCAGGCAGCUGCCUGCCUCACUACAUCCAGGACACACCGUUCAGGAAGCCCUUCAACCUCCAGCAAUACACGCUGCAGACCAAAGGCUCGUACGACUUCACCCUGCAGUCCUUCGAGUCCUACUCCGACUACAUGGACUUCACCCUGAAGGAACGGACUUCCCAAACCUCUUUCUCCAUCGGCAUCGGGAUCCCGGGCGUUUUCCAUCUCGGCUUCAGUUACAGCAGCUCCAACUACAAGAAGUCGGUUCAGAAGAUUCGCCGGGCCUCUGGCACUACCAACAGUUUUGUCCGGGCCAAAGCAGAGCUGGAGUUGGCCCAGUACAUCCUGAAGUCGGACGGUUUGGUGCUUCACCCGGAGUUCCUGCGGCGCCUGCGCUCGCUGCCACAGUCCUACGCCUACGGGGAGUACAGACAGAUCUACAGGGACUAUGGAACCCACUACAUCACGGAGGCCGCCCUCGGAGGAGACUAUGAGUACACCAUCAUCUUGAACAGGGAACACCUGGAGAAGUCAGAUUACUCACUGGAUCAAUACAAGUCGUGUGUGCAGGCGGGCCUAGACGUCGGGGCAAACAUCUACGGCUAUUACGUGUCAGUGGGAGGUCAGGGUGGAUCCUGCAACGGCUUUCUGAAUGAAAUGGGAGAGGACACGAAGAAGGGGCGCACGGUGGAGGACUUCACUGCUGUCGUGAGAGGCGGGAGCAGCGAGUCCAUCACUGCUCUGCUGGACAAAAGGCUCCCCACCCCACAGCUGAUGAGGCUGUGGGGGGAAGGCGUGCGCUUCAACCCUGACUUCAUUCGGAAAACAAUGCAGCCGCUGUUCGAGCUGGUGACACCCGGAGACUUCUCCCAUCAUGCCGCCCUGAAGAGGAACCUGAAGCGGGCGCUGUCGGAGUACCUGGGGGAGGUGGAUUCGUGCCGCUGCGCCCCCUGCCACAACAACGGAGUGGCCGUCCUGAAAGGCACAAGGUGCGAAUGUGUGUGUCCUGCUGGCUACACUGGACGAGGCUGUGAGAUCACCAACAGGGAAACAGAUAUUGCUAUCGAUGGUAGCUGGAGCUGCUGGGGUUCGUGGUCAUCUUGCAGCAGCGGACAGAAGACGAGGAGCCGGCAGUGCAACAACCCGGCCCCCAGUAACGGAGGCCUCGCAUGCAGAGAUCUGCCGCAAGAGUCUACCCAAUGCUUUUAAAACCUUUGAUGCUCAGUAAAGCUGUAUAAAGAUAAAGGUCAAUAAAGAUGUGUGAAGGGCCUGCUGAACAACAGA